GUUAAAUUAAUAGUCUACCAAAUUUACCAAUAUUUUGAAAAUGUGUUCUAAAUUAUGUGCUCAAAAAUAGAAUCAGUUGCGGGGAGAAAAACCGCACAAGAACACAUCAAAACACUAGGUUACCGCUUUGUCGCCCGUCUCGGAGAGGGUACUUUUUCAAAGGUCUACCUAACGGAGUACACCAGCAAAGAGUCCAACACGGUGGAGAAGUUAGCAUGCAAACUGAUCGAUACGAUGCUUUGCAGUGCCAAGUUCAAGCGGAAAUUCCUACCGCGAGAACUGGCCGUUCUGUUGAGAGUGCACCAUCCUCACAUUAUUCGGAUUCAGGCGAUUGUGAAAUGCCACUCCAAGAUUUUCAUUUUUAUGCGUUACGCCGAACUGGGCGAUCUGCUGACGUUUGUUCUGGCUCAUGGUCCAAUCGGUGAGAACCAGUCCCGUAUCUGGGCCCGACAGAUAGCGUUGGCACUGCAGUACCUGCACGAGGCGGGAAUAGCACAUCGUGAUUUGAAGUGUGAAAACAUUCUCAUAACAACGAACUUCAAUGUUAAGCUAAGUGAUUUCGGGUUCGCGCGACAUGUGAUGAAGGAAGGAAUGGUCAGUUUGAGCAGUACGUAUUGUGGCUCGUUCGAUUAUGCUGCACCGGAAAUACUGAAGGGACAACCGUACGAUGCGAGGGCUUCCGAUAUGUGGGCCUACGGUGUGCUGCUGUAUGUAAUACUGAACAAAUCGAUGCCUUUUAAAGGGAAAACUAAAAUUGUGUUCGAGCAGCAAAUGGCACGAAAGUGGCAGUUUCGAUCCAGAGUUCGCAGUAAGCUAUCCACCCAGGUCAAGUCCUUGGUAGGAAAUUUGCUGGAGCCGAACCCCAUCAUACGAUGGACGGUGGAGGAGGCUUUAAUCAGUGACUGGUUCAUGGAUGUGGCCAAGCUAAGGGCACUGAACACGGACGAGUUCAGUGCCCUCGCAAGUGCUCGGUCAUCGACGAAGAAUUCUCGGGACAUCCUGCUUAUUCAGUCUAAGCUGAAAGUGUCGGGUAGUGAUGUAAUCACGACCAUAAAAGAGAUUGCUGGCCAAAGUGUUCAAAGCUUUGCGUCGAAACUCUCGACGAAAACGUCUACCAUACAUCUACUGCAGGAAGUGUCUUGUGAUUCGAACGAGAAAAAAGUUGAUCCGGUGGUGUCUAGUCCUUCAGCGACUGUUAAGGAGAAAUCGGGUUAUUAA